GAUGACGUCGCUUCGCAGCAGCGACAAUCCACACGUGGUUGCAUCCUACGAACGGAAGGAUUCAUCAUUGAAAUUUUCAUCAUGCGGCAGUCUACCAUCUGCCGCACCGUUCUUUGACCCAAAACAUCGCUUUUAAAGGUGUUUACUAAUUUUCAUGCCAACUGUCAUCUGGAUUGCAAUCAAUAUUAUUGCUCGAAUACGACGGCGCUGAUUGUUUCGCUUUAAAUUAUCAGUAUGUGUUCACUUUCUAAAGAUGGAUGGGAUUCAUAAAUGAAAAAAAAAAUGUGCUACAUGAUUGUUACAUCUCGAACACUACUAUGGACUCUGCUAACUAUGGCUACAACUUUAGCUAUGGUGGCAGCUGUAAUAACACCAACUUGGCUAAUAGGACCUUCACGAAGACUUAGGGGAAGAAAUAAAGUUACUCCUGAAGAUGAAAUAUUCACUCCUUCCUUAGGCCUCUAUAAUGGUUGUAUUAAACUUCAUGAAAUCGAUCAACUUUUUACAGCCAAUUGUGCUCCAUUUGUCACUAGUUUCAGCAUGUCCUCUGAUGAUUUUCCGAACUUUUGGAAAGCUGCACUCGUUUUAUUUGUUUGCGGCUUAGGCUUGCUAUCAUUCACACUUAUCACAUCUUUAUCAUGUUGUUGUAUACGAAGUGUUUUUCGAAAAUCCAUGUUUACUGUAUCUGGAACUUUGCAAGCAAUUGCUGGCAUUUUGUUCAUGCUUGGCUUGGUGCUUUAUCCAGCAGGUUGGGGAAGUCGAAGAAUCCAAAUGGUUUGCAGUAACAAAACUGGACCUUAUUACAUAGGAGAUUGUUCUAUGGGUUGGACUUAUUAUCUAGCUAUUAUUGGAACAAUCGUAACUUUUAUUUGUUCCUUGCUUUCAAUUCAAGCCGAGGUCUCUACAUCGAAUACGAAAGUUCAAGAAGGGCUCAUUGAAGGAAAAAACGUCAUAUGUUUCAUAUGAUCAUGAGCUACAGCAUCACAAAUCAUUUCAACUCAAGAUGCUUAUGACAGUUUUUGCUUUGAAGAAGAGAAUAUUUUUUCUUAAAUAUUUCCACCCUACUGUGUGAAGCGUAAAUAAAAGGAUACUCAUCCAUGAGACAAUCUAAAAUAAAGAAAUAAAAUAAAAACAUUAAGCUGAAAAAAAUUAAAAUUGAUAACUUCAUAAUUCCUCGCUUUACUUGUUCUUUGAAACUAAAGUCUCAUAAUCUAUAGAUACGCGAUGUCUUUUGUUUUAAAUUUUAUUUCUUUUCUGCACUUAAGCGUAAAGAGCUCUGUCCCCGUAAAAAUUAAUAAAAGAUAUUUGUUUUUAUUUCAGUUUUCUUUUAUUGAUCUUUUACGUUAUUGCACAUGCUAUGAUACCUCAUUAUAAGUUUAAAUAUUUUCGGAGUCGAAUUUCUUUUCGUUGGAAAUAUUUUUAAAAAGUGUUUUAUAAAUAAUAUCUUUACAGUAUGUAACUAGUUUUGCUUAAAAAGAACCUUUAUAGAUACUUUUGGUGUUUAUGAUUCAGUUUCCCGUAAAAAUUAAUAAAGAAAUUUUGUUGUUUUUUAUCAUAAAUUUUUUACAUUGUUGUUCAUUCUAUGGUAAUUCAUUAUGUGUUAAAUGAAUACCAAUCUGAAGAAAUUGAAGUGGAAAGAUCAACUUGAGAAUACAAAAACUUUUUCAAUAAUCAUUAAAUAAUCAAUAAUCAUUAAAGUAAGAAAAAGUCGACAUGUUUCAGAAACUCGAAAACAAGGCUCUUUUUCUUAAGAUUUAUCAGAUGAGAAUAAAAAUAUCAAAACAGAUUAUAAAGCAUUUGGAAUCGUGUUUAAUUCAUAUAAAUGGCGAUUUUCUAGUAAAGGACAUUUCCACGCCUCUAUACUGCUUGGAAAUGCAUCACCUCUAAUUUACAUCUAGACCACUGUCAUUUUUUCUCGAAUACAGGGUUUUUUUUCUUUCUUUUGUUUCUUCUUUUUUUUUACCUUUAUGACAUUUUCCUUUGUUAAUUAUUUUGCAUUUUCUUUUCUGAAAUUCGUUUUGUUUAUCUCAUUUACCAUUGGUCAAAUUUUUGAAGCUUAUAAAGUUUUUCUAUUAUUAAGUAACCCACUAUGCAUUAUUAAAUAUUUAUCAUUAUGUAAAUAAGUUUGAGUUUAAUUUCUUUCAGUUCAAAUACCGACCCUUUUGUGAGAAAAAACCCCCCCACAAAUAAUCGGUCAUUUUUUGAGUAGUAAACGAAAUCGUUGAGUGUACAGAGAUUUAUGUACGUUGGGCAAAAUGUAAAUGGUAUAUAUUCAAAAUUAUUAAAAGUGAGAGUUUCUAAAAGUAUUUCUAUCAAAAAAAAUUGGAAUUUAAAAAUACAGGAUCUAUUAUGCAUUUACAAAAAGUAUUUAACUAUUAAAUUGAUAAAUUAAUGGCACUAUUUAAUGUAUAUAUUAAAAAAAUGUUUUAUGUCAUGAAUUUCUUCUUGCUUGUCUUUUGUUUUUUAAAAUGUAUUAAAAAAAUUAAUUAAAUUGAUGUUUUUUUUUAGAACUUUAGCAGUUUUCUGUAUUUUACCGGAGAGCUACAUUGAUAUUUUUAUUUACGAAAUAAGUGAUCUCGCAAUUUUCAAAGGUGCUGAAUAUUUUUAUCUCGUAAAUGUCGAAUGUAAAUUGACUUUUAGGUCUCUAGUAAUGUAUGUUAUACUACACUUAGGCCCCAUUCACAAUUUAUCCGAUCAAAGUUGGCUUCUUAGCUGCUCGGGCUAAAAAAGUUUUGAGCUGGUUGCAUUAUCAUAAUGGUGGAAAUUUUUUUUAGUUCUUAUUAAAGAAUUAUUUUUUUGGUGAUAAUUACCAAACAUGUUUUGUGUGAUUUUGAAGAAAAAAAAUGACACUUGGUUGCAAAAUUAAGAAGAAUAAAAUAUUUACCGUGUUCAUAAUCACCACAUUAUAAGUAAAUAUAUUUAAAUAUAAAUCAUGCAAUUUUGAGUUUUUAAUUUAAAAGUGAAAGGCAAUACUAAAAAACUUUAAACAGAUCUCUCAGAAAGUAAGCUUUUUUUAACCCUUUCGCUGUGUAUCCCAAUAUUUCACCGGGGAAAGCGGAAGUAGCAAAAUUCGCUCAAACAGCAAUUUCCGCGGGAAUGCUCUUUUUUUUCUUCCUUUUUGACCAUUUAACUGGGCAACUUGCUUUUUUCCCGUUCCCUUUUUGCUUUUGUGUGAUUCUUAAUAGCUUAUUCAGAUCUGGGUUAAUAGAUUACCAUAUUUCUGCGAAAUAUAUAACCAUGUUUUGCAGAUUUUUUAGAACUCUUUUCAAAGUGCACCGUUUGUUUUUGAAAAAAAAAUUUUUUUUUCUGCAAAGAUUAUAGAAUAGAACUUUGCCGCGAACCUUGUUUAGAAUUUUAUCAUGCCGAAAUUCACUUCUAAUAAAUUUUUUUGCAUAUUUUCAUUAGUAUACACGGUUUAACUUUGUAUUUCAUAAAAUAAAACAUAAUUUUCAAAAUUAUUUUUCAAAAUUUUGCUUUUAUGUGAAUAUUCUUCAAUUUCCGUUUUCCCACAACCUUUUUUAUGAUCUUAGAAAAAAAAAACUUUUCGCAAAUUUUUUUUAAUAUUACAGCUCAAAACUAUACGUAGAUUUGAAAUAUAUAAUAAAAAGUGCGCAAUUUUUAAGCCUAUUAUGAUAAAAAAUAUGGCAACCAGAUACUCAUCCUGUAUGGUAGGAAAAUGGUGGAAGUUGAUUAACUUAAGCUUUAAACCAAAGCUAGCUUUAAACCAAAUUCCACGGACAUUUUUCUUUUAACUCGAUAAAAUUCAUCUAUGUGAAUGUAGCCUUAAUUUAUCUUUUAAUCAUUUUUUCAGAUAUCUUUAAACAAAUAAAUGUGUGGUGCUGGUAUUUUGAAUUUAUCUGCACCAUAAUAGUAUGUUUCCUCUUUUUAAAAUCUGUCAUUUUAAAGUUCUACUUAACUUAUUAACUUUUAAUUUGAAUAUUUUUUAUAUUUGUUUCUUUUUUCAUAAAAUCUUGAUGUUUUUUGCACGGUAUUGUUUAGUUGUAAAUUAUACUUUCAAAUUGUUAUACUUGUAAUAUAUUGAAAAUUCAUAUCGUCUAUAAUGUAAAAAUACUUGUAAAUAACUUUAAAGUUAUUGAUUAGAAACUAAAUGACCAUUUUGUUAUUUUACAUAGAAUUACAGCAGUUAUAAUUACAUAAUUAUAUAAAUUGUUUAUUGAAUAACUGAAGUUUUAUAAGAACAAUUUAAUAAUGUUUUUAGUGAAGUAAAUAUCUAGUUCAAAAGCUAAUUAAAUUUAUUUACUUUGUUAAAUUGCUCUUAACCACAAGUAUCAAGAGAAUAUUUAUUGAUCUGUGUUUACUGUAUUAAGUAUUUUAUACUCUCUAAAUGUAAUAAAAUACUAUAAUAUCGUU